UGGCAGGCGACGACCAACCGCGCCAGAUGCACUGCAUCCGCCACCUCCUCCCUGGCUUGCUUCCUUGCCUUCUUCUUGCUUGCUAGACUAGCUUCCAACUCUCUCUCCAUUUUUUCUUUCCUCCUCUGACGACUGACCGAUCUCUGUAUCUGGCUAGCUGUCAAGCUGAGAGAUGAGCACGAUGAAAAGCAGCUAGAGAUCGAACGACGCAUCCAUGCAUGGGCCUGAAUUGAAGAGAGAGGUGGUGAUCGAUCGACCUGUGGUGCUGCUGGCUGCUGCAUGCUGCAUCCGUCUCGAUAUCACCAGAUUGCUAGCUAGAUCUGAUCUGAAUAUCUGAUAUUCAGAAGAAAAAAAAACAUCGAGCUAUGAAAGCUUCAGUUCUAAGCUCUAGCUAGCAGUGUGAUACUACCUGAGUAACUCAGCUAGCUCAUGUACUUCCUGAGCCCAAGAAAUGGUGCCGACGAGUCCCCGGAGGAAAUCCAAGAGCUGAUCGGUGACAAGCCUAAGAGCGAUUUGGCAUCGUCCGGCGCUGUGGCGAGCAGCAGCGACAUGGAGAACGGAAGAGGUAAAGCCGCCGCCGGCGGCGGCGGGAGCAGGCCGUCGUCGUCGCCGCCCGCGACCGAUCAGAGAGCGCGCUGCGGGAGCGGCAUCAGGGAGGCUGAGGCGGCGGUGGCCAGCGGCGGCAUCAUCGGCAGGUACUUCUCGGUGGAGUCGUUCCUCCUGCUGGUGUGCGUGACGGCGUCGCUGGUGAUCCUCCCGCUCGUCCUGCCGCCGCUGCCCCCGCCGCCGUCGAUGCUGAUGCUGGUGCCGGUGGCGAUGCUGGUGCUGCUGCUGGCGCUGGCGUUCAUGCCGCCGUCGUCGUCGUCCGCCGCCGGCGGCCGCAAUGCGACAACUACGGCGGGACAGGCCUACUUGUAGAUGACAACCGCAUCGUUCUUCUUGUUCUUUCCGUUGGCUUUGGAGGUAGGGGAAGGACCCUUUCUUAAUUAGUCCUGCCGGAUCAAUAUUGUCUUUGUUCAGUUGAUCCGAGUCUUUGGUAAACAAAACUAAGACAAAAUAGCAUCUUUUAAUCUGCAUCUUUGCUGCAAGUAUCUUCGUACAUAUAUAUAUAUAUGGGGAUCAUCUCACAUUCUCAAAUCAUAAAGCUGCA